AUGCAGAAACUGCAAAUCUAUGUUUAUAUUUACCUGUUUAUGCUGAUUGUUGCUGGUCCAGUGGAUCUAAAUGAGAACAGUGAGCAAAAAGAAAAUAUGGAAAAAGAGGGGCUGUGCAAUGCAUGUACUUGGAGACAAAACACUAAAUCUUCAAGAAUAGAAGCCAUAAAAAUUCAGAUCCUCAGUAAACUUCGCCUGGAAACGGCUCCCAACAUCAGCAAAGAUGCUAUAAGACAACUUUUGCCCAAAGCUCCUCCGCUCCGGGAACUGAUUGAUCAGUACGAUGUCCAGAGAGAUGACAGCAGUGAUGGCUCUUUGGAAGACGACGAUUACCACGCUACCACGGAAACGAUCAUUACCAUGCCCACCGAGUCUGAUCUUCUAAUGCAAGUGGAAGGAAAACCCAAAUGUUGCUUCUUUAAAUUUAGCUCUAAAAUACAAUAUAAUAAAGUCGUAAAGGCCCAACUGUGGAUAUAUCUGAGACCCGUCAAGACUCCUACAACAGUGUUUGUGCAAAUCCUGAGACUCAUCAAACCCAUGAAAGACGGUACAAGGUAUACUGGAAUCCGAUCUCUGAAACUUGACAUGAACCCAGGCACUGGUAUUUGGCAGAGCAUUGAUGUGAAGACAGUGUUGCAAAAUUGGCUCAAACAGCCUGAAUCCAACUUAGGCAUUGAAAUCAAAGCUUUAGAUGAGAAUGGUCAUGAUCUUGCUGUAACCUUCCCAGGACCAGGAGAAGAUGGGCUGAAUCCCUUUUUAGAAGUCAAGGUGACAGACACACCAAAAAGAUCCAGACGAGAUUUUGGGCUUGACUGUGAUGAGCACUCAACAGAAUCUCGGUGCUGUCGUUACCCUCUCACUGUGGAUUUUGAAGCUUUUGGAUGGGAUUGGAUUAUUGCCCCCAAAAGAUAUAAGGCCAAUUACUGCUCUGGAGAGUGUGAAUUUGUGUUUUUACAAAAAUAUCCUCAUACUCAUCUUGUACACCAAGCAAACCCCAGAGGUUCAGCAGGCCCCUGCUGUACUCCCACCAAGAUGUCUCCAAUUAAUAUGCUAUAUUUUAAUGGCAAAGAACAAAUAAUAUAUGGGAAAAUUCCAGCCAUGGUAGUAGAUCGCUGUGGUUGCUCAUGAGAUUUAUAUUUGGUUCAUAACUUCCUAAAAUAUGGAAGGCCUUCCCCUCAACAAUUUUGAAACUGUGAAAUUAUGUACCACAGGCUAUAAGCCUUGAGUAUGCUACAGUUACUUACGCACAAGCUCAGUAUAUGGACUAAAAGAGAGAAUAUAUGCAAUGGUUGGCAUUUAACCA